AUGAAGCCUUGGCACUCAGAACUAGAUGCUAGACCUACCGAUAUUGUCCCAUGGCUGCUCAAGGCCAUCGAUGAUAGUGACGUCUCAGCACCACCAGGCACUCAAGCAUUACAUGAAGAUGGCCGAUUGAUAGUCACUGCUGGGAGUGAUACCGUCACCAGUACCAUAUCGAACGCGCUGUACUACUUGGCAUCUAAUCCAUCGGCGUACCGCGAGCUGCAGCUCCAGAUCGACAAGGUGACCCUUUCCUACCCCGAAAGCCACGCUUCCCGCAGAACUUUCAAUGCCAACGAAGUAUCACGCAUACCAUACCUCGAUGCAGUCAUCAAAGAAACUAUGCGUCUCAAGCCGGCAUCAGCGAGCGGUCAGCCUUGCCAAACUCCACCAGAGGGACUGUGGAUUGACGAGGUCUGGAUCCCGGGAAAUGUCACCGUCACGGUUCCUCAGCAUACCAUUCAGCGCGAUGAGCGCUAUUUUCCUCGCGGCAAUGAAUUUCUGCCGGAACGGUGGAUGGAGACGGGCUCGGCCAUGGUGUUUGAAGAUGCGUUCUUCCCUUUCGGCAUUGGUCCGUUGUCAUGUGUCGGGAAGCGACUGGCCAUGAUCGAGAUGCAAGUUGUACUGUCUAGCAUUGCUCGACGGUUCGAUCUGGAAUUUGCCCCUGGAGAGAAUGGUGAUGCGUUUGAUCGGCAGGUGAAAGAUACCGUUACUCUGUCUGUGCCUCCGCUGCAACUGGUCUUUCGGAAUCGACAUAGGGUGCAAUAG